AUGUCCCAAUCAUCCCGUCUUUUCUUUACGCUGAUUCCUAAAGAGACCGCCGUCGUUCUUAUUGAGUUUCAGAACGAGUUUGCCACACCAGGAGGUAAGCUGUAUGAUGCUGUGAAGCCUUGUAUGGAACAAACCAACACGCUCGAGAACUCCAAAAAACUCAUGGACGCGGCGCGAAACGCUGGUUGUACCAUCAUUCACUGCCCCAUUUGUUUCGAUCCGGGUCACAACGAAAUUGCCGAGUUUCCCUACGGUAUCUUGGCCGGCGUCAAGGAGGGUGCAGCCUUUACCAACGGCGAAUGGGGUGCAGAUUUCUGCGAAACCAUGAUACCCUCCCCGGGAGAUCUCAUUGUGAAAGGCAAGUCAGGACUAUGCGGCUUUCAAUCCACCAACUUGGAUUUUCUCUUGAGUCAAAAAGGUAUAAAAAAUGUCGUGUUGGGAGGAUUCUUAACAAACUGCUGUGUCGAAUCCACCAUGCGCACGGCCUAUGAGAAAGGUUACCAGGUGUACACACUCAAGGAUUGUGUUGCCGCGACAUCAGUGGAAGCGCAAAAUGCUACGCUUGCAUAUAAUUUUGGUAUGUUUUCCGUCGCAACCACGAGUGUGGAGGUUUUGGAGGCACUCCAAACCACAAUUGCUGUCUAAAAGCAAAAGAUUUGAAGCGGCAUUGGCUAGCUAUAUAUUCUUAUUCUCGACUUUAAUAAAGUCAGGCAGUCUUUAUCGUGGAGACUUAGUUUUCGAACUGCGUGUUAUCAUCCUUGGACUC